UUGAUUACAUUGGUGUACCACAAGUUGCAUAUCACACAUUAUCCCAUAGAUCCGAAUAUAAGCGAAAGAGCGUAAUAGUAUUCUGUGACUGUGGUGUAAAGACAAGAGAACCAAACCGACAGCCAAACAUACAUUAAAGAAAUGCAAUAAAAUUUAAAUCAUUCGUGCAGUAUUAACCAUCACAAUGGCAUUCAAUUUCGGCAGUACAUCUACCACUUUUGGCACACCUCAAAAUAAACCGACAGCUUAUGGAACUCCACUGUCAUUUGGAACACCAGCAACGGCUCCACAAACGGGAUUUGGAGGCUUUGGAAACACUUUUGGUUCAACCGCCCAGCAACCGGCUUUCGGCACACCUGCCACUCAACCAACCGCAUUUGGAGCAACACCCUCCCAACCAACAGGAUUUGGAUCGACUUUUGGUCAACCGGCCGCCGCCGCUCCGGCUCCUGCCUUCGGAAGUACAUUUGGACAGACAUCAACACCAGCUUUUGGAUCAACAUUCGGUACGGCCGCAACAUCCGCCGGUUUUGGCACUUUUGGAACCGCAACCGCGCCUGCGCCUGCUUUUGGUAGUACAUUCGGAACAGCCGCAACCAGCGCACCUGCGUUUGGUAGCGCUUUUGGAACCGCUACAUCCACUGCACCAGCAUUUGGUACCAGUUUCGGUGCAACGGGAUCCGCAGUACCAAAUCUUUUCGGUACUCCGGCGGUAACCAAACCUAGUCUAUUUGGGUCGACUCCUGCAACUACAGCGUCCAGUUUAUUCGGAGCUCCUGCCACUGCUCCUUCACUGUUUGGCGCAACCGCUGCCACUCAAGCUCCAACGUUAUUUGGUAACACAGCGACGGCGGGCACAACGAAUUUAUUUGGUGCGACUUCCUCGGCUCCGUCUUUAUUUAACACGUCUUUCGGCGCAACAACCACAACACCCAGCUUAUUCGGUGGAGCUGGUACAACAGGAUUUGGUUUGGGUACAACCGCAGCGCCAAAUACGGGGUUUGGUUUUGGAAGUACAUCAACAACUUCGGCCUCUUCAUUAUUUGGUGGUUUCGGGAAACCGGCCACAACUACAAAUACAUUUGCCGGUUUUGGGACUGGCACUACCGGAUUUACCGGCUUUGGUGCAGCAACAUCUACUACACCAAGCUGGGGUACUAGUACUAAUUUCGCGGGUAUUAGGCCUCCUGGAGCUGUCGGUUCCCAGCCACAACACCUUCAGCAAAUUUUAGCUUCGUUUUACGCCAUCAAUAUUUUCUCAGAUGAGCGCGAUGUUGUCCUUAAGAAGUGGAAUAUGUUGCAAGCUUGCUGGGGAACGGGGAAAGCUUUUUAUAAUGCAUCUCAACCUCCGAUUGAGUAUAAUUCUACUAACCCUUUGUAUCGAUUCAAAACUGUUGGUUAUGUCACUGUACCAGGCGAGGACAACAGUAGUGGAUUGGUUAAGUUAAUAUUCAGUAAAAAGGAGUCAGAGUUAAGCAACCAAAAAGAAGUUUUAACAAAUGGGAUUCUUAGUAUUUUGGGAAACAAACCUAAUUUAACCGUCACAAUUGAAUCUAUAAAAGCUAUAUCGGAUAACCAAAGUGAAAUUAUGUUUUCCGUUUCUGAAAAGGGCGUCACCGGGUCAAGCAGAAAAAUACCCGCCACAGAUCUCUGUGCGUUUUUAAACCAACCAACUCAGAAACAACAACUUACUAAUGUUGGCGUGACUUACAUUGGUGCUUACGUCACCCCAACUAAAUCACAGCUCCAAGAAUACUUAAAGAACCCACCCGCUGGGGUCGAACCACAAAUGUGGCAAGCGGCGCAGACAGAUAAUCCAAAUCCGUCAAAAUUUAUGCCGACGCCGUUGAACGGCUAUUCCGAUCUUAAAAAACGUUUAUUAUGUCAACAGUAUGAAACCAAACUCCAUCAAGGAUAUCUAAACCAGGUUGGCAACGAUAUUGUUGAAUUGAAAAAACGGCACGUUAAUUCGGUCGCGAAAAUUAAUGAUUUAAAACAAAAGUAUGCCCAAUUAUAUCAUCGUCUGCUACAGAUCAUUAUAAAACAAGAAGUGACCCGUAAAGUGGGGAUGGCAAUACAGCCAGAAGAAGAAAUGUUGAGAGGAAGAUUAGAGAUGAUUACCACACAGUUGGGCUUACCAACACAGUUUAAAGGGCAACUACAAGAGCUUCGCUGCUGUGUUGAAUUAUAUGAAAUUCCGGAAUCGUCACUUAAUCAACGGUACCAAAUGGAUGCUCAAGUGCAAGAAGACAUAAAACAAUUUCUCAAAAUGGAACAAAAUGGAAUUGCCCAACUGAUUAAGAUAAUUAAUUCGGAUUUGAAAAGUCUAAAAGUGAUUUCUGAAGGAUUGGAAAAAAUAAUAAAAAAGUGAGUGACUACUUCGCAAAUUUACGAGGGUCAAAGAGAUUUGUAAUUUUUUAUGGUUAAUAAACGAUCAUUUAUUAUAA